GGUGCAAACACGCAGUGUACUUUUUCAAAUGGCCUGAAAAUUGAUUUUUCUCAACAUUUCAAAAGUGGAUGUGGAAUUUGAGCAGCAGACCAAGUUCUCCUAAGUUUCCUGCCUAUGUACUUUUCUGGUUUCUCUUACUGCAGACAAACCUGCCAAGUGCUGAAAAUAGCUCAAAUGCUUCUAGAACAGUAGCAGCAGCCAGCAGCUGAAAUUCUUUCCUGCUCUUAUCGCCUUCUCUUUUUCUCUUGAUUGCAGGUUCUUGUUCUUCAGUUAAACUUAGACCUUUAGAGGAACUAAGCAUUAAGAAAAGACCGGGUUAACAAGAUCUGGAUGUACAAGAACAAAAAUACUAAUAUCUGCGACAUUUCAAAAACAGGAAGACUCGUCUGACUGGCAAACUGAAGACUUCAGUAGCAAAUCUCCCAGAAUCAAAAUGAACACAGGUACAUCCAAGUGAUUUUUCAAAUACUGGAAAACACAUGCUAAAUCUCUUUGGCUGGUGUAUUCUUUGGAAUGGCAGUAUUAAUUAACAACAGCUUCCUCAAACUUUUGGACUUGAUUCUCAUUCACCAGACUCAGGAGUGCUGCUAUAACUAAUGUUUAAGUCUAUGUUUAGGGCCCUCCUGAUGAAGCCUUCUUCUAAUCCUCAGUCCAUAGUAGAGACCAUUAGACUUCAGAGAUUUCUGAUCCAGUAUGAAAUUGGUGAUUUCCAUCUUGCAACCCAAGCCUGAGAUACAUACAAAGUGUGUGGCAGUUUGAUGGCAACCAUGAUGAUGAAAGAAAGGCUGGGGAACUUGUUUUUACAAGUCAUGAUUUUUUUUUCUGGUGGGGAAGGUAUGCCUGCAUUACCCCAAACCCCUUGCUUUUUUGGCAAGGUAUUUUUUUUCAACAGGGCAGGGACAGUAAGUCAACACUGAGCUACCAUCACUAGAAGCAGUCUUCCAAGCAUCCUACUCAUCAACUCCAUCCCACCCUGUGAAUGAUUUGAACCAUCUGAUUUAUGGCAGUGUAGAGUAAUGUUUCUCAACCAUGGCAAUUUUACAAAGGGUGGACUUUUACUCCCAGAAUUCCCCAGCCAGGCUCCAAGCCACCUGCCUUAAAGUUGCCAAGAAACACUGAAGUAGAAUGAUAGAGUGUCCAAGCUUCUAUCACCCACCUCCCUGCAUCAGGUGCUACAGGUAUUCCAUGCCAGGUGAGAGGCUGGUAAUUUCCACUAAAACAGGAAAAUAAAGCCUUUCCUGUUCUACAGGGACUGCUCUCCCCUUAGCCCACUAGAAAGCUUUCAUUGUAUCCCCAUUGUUAGAUCGGCCAUUGCAGGUGAUUCACAGGAUGGGUACAUCAGUUGAAAUGGAAAGCCCCAAUUUACUUUAGAUCAGGUUCUCCUGGAUGAUUAAAUCCACUGAUCCAGCCAUCUGUCUUAUUCCUAUUCUCCAUUAGAAAAGUGAUUAUUAUUUUUUGUUGGCAAGGACAUUUAGCAUCUCAUCUUUUUUCCACAGAACACUAUUAAUUGUUAAUGAGGUUGAACAGAGAGGAGCUGUGAAUUUAGGCUGGCAUACUUUGAACUGAUUCAUAGCUUGGACAACAACCCAUUGAGCCAGCUGUCUGAAUAUGCCCAAAGUGCAGGAACAUUCCAUUUUUCACACGAGAAAUUUCUCCAUAAGGGGGAGUGGGAAUGAAACAGUUGUCAUUUUCCCUGCUCUAAUUCCUUUAUUUCAAAGCGUAUGAUAGGUCUUUUGGCAUCUCUUUAACUGAGUCCUAAUGAUUUCCUCAAUACUAAGUGAUGGGAUUUCAGGAUUAUAAAUGGAAUAUGGAUUUCCCACUUCCAGAUAAAGGCUUAAUUCUUUAUCAGGUUAUAAAAUGAACUGGUGAAGAUUCCACUGAGAAGGACUAUUAUGAAAAGUCAGAAUCGGGGCAUUCAUAGGUGGAGGGAGGGGGCGCAAGGAAGGACAAAUAAUAAUACAUGUAUGAUUAUUUUAUAUUCAUACUGUCAUCUAAGCCAUUUUGUUUCAUGGAUGCUAUUUGACAAAACAGUCAUUUGUCUCAGCUGAACAAUGGUGGUAGGCCCAGCAUCCCCUCCUCAUUGUUCUUCAUAAUAAAAGUAUGUUCUACAAUGCUAAUUCAUAUGUAUUUAUAUCCUUUCAUUUUUUACAUUGGUGUCACCACUUCUAUCCAUAGAGAUUUUUUUUCUUUAAAAAAAAAAAGAACUGAUUUCACUUAUUACAUUAUCAAAGGAUUUUUGUAUCAGAAAUAAAUUUACUUGGAUUUCUUUUCACAUAAAAGCUUGGAGAUCAUUUAACAUUGGAAGUAGAGAGACACUGAAUGGAGACACUAGCAGCUCCUCUCUUGCAGCAAAAGGCUUUCGAAGUGUCCGGCCAAACCUACAAGAAAAGAAAUCACCAACUCAGCUCGGAAACCAGAAAGUGACUGCCAAUGUGAUGGAGGUAAAUGCUUCCCAGACACACAGACAAAUAUCAGCUGAAGCUGCACCGUUGCCUCCCUCACCACCAUUUCCUCCUCCUCCUCUUCCCAUGGUUCCGGUUCACCAGCCCUCUCUCUCACCUGACAGUGGCACCCAUGCAACAUCAUUUCCUUUACCACCAUGUGAUGAUUUCUGGCCGUCACACAUUUAUAGAACCCCAGCCCUUUCACCGUUCUCCUAUACGUACCCCUUCCUUGUAACUGACACUCUGCUCCACAAGACUGAAACUGACUCUAUUGUGUCAGCCAUGAGUGAGUUCUCCUCUCAGCCAGUGAGCGAGUUCUCCGCUGCCAUGCUAGAUGAGCUACAGAGCUGUAACUAUACUACUGACUGUUCUGAAACACCUUCCCCAACCUUGAGCCAGACGUCUGCUGCGUCUGAUGGCACCACCUUAACCUCCACUGCUGCCAGCUCUCAUGCUCAGAUAACAGUGAAUGGGAAUUCUAGCUUGGCAACCAGCCCAAUGAGUUACUUUCAAAGGCCUUUCUCCCCUUCCUUGGCAUACUCUCCACCAGUCUCAUUCACUUCAAGCUCCUCUCUCCUGCAACAGAGCAGGACAAUGGAAUCCACAGAGAUGUACUCACAGCAUGCACAUUCUGUUGGUGGCGGUGACAGCAGCAGCAGCACGACCACCACCACCACCAUACCAAUCUGUAGGACUUCAGAGGAAGAAAAGAAAGUCACAGUCAUUAAAGCACCACAUUAUGCAGGAAUUGGGCCAGUUGAUGAAUCAGGAAUUCCAACGGCAAUUAGAACGACUGUUGACAGGCCAAAGGAUUGGUAUAAGACAAUGUUUAAGCAAAUCCAUAUGGUUCAUAAGCCAGAUGAUGACACUGACAUGUAUAAUACUUCAUAUGCAUAUAAUACUGGAAACUUCAGUCCAUCACUUUCUGCUCAAGCACAUCCUGUUGCAAAGACUCAGACAUACAGGCCACUGACAAAAAGUACUUCUGACAAUGGCACUGAAGCCUUUAAAGUUUCUUCACCUCCACCACCUCCAGUACCACCUGUUCGUCCUUGGCAAAGAUCUGCCCCAGAAAAAAAUGAGUGGGAGCCUCCUGAUAGAAAAGUAGAUACCCGCAAAUUCCGUUCAGAACCAAGAAGCAUUUUUGAAUAUGAACCAGGAAAGUCUUCAAUCCUUGAACAUGAAAGACCGACUGAUCGCAUAAAUCCAGAUGACAUAGAUUUAGAAAAUGAACCCUGGUAUAAAUUCUUUUCAGAACUGGAGUUUGGACGUCCGCCUCCUAAAAAGAUUUUGGAUUAUGUUCAAGACAAUCCUCCAGGUUUUUCCAAAGAGACAUCUUUAUACUACAGUCCAGCAGACAGACGAGUGGAUAGACCUUCUAGUUCUACAAGUACUUCAAGUGAUUACAGAAAACGAAGGAAAUCGGAGCCUGCAGUAACUCAGCAGAAAGUCCACACUGAUCAGAAUGUAAAUCGAUACACUCUUGGUCGUACAGAUACACAGAGCACCUAUUCAACCCUUAGGAAGCCUGUUACAACCUCUUCUCCAUCUUCUCCAUCAAGAGCAAAAGUAGACCAGGAAUCUCCUGGAAACUAUUCUUCUGCUUUCACUGAUGUGAGUCGGUGUAUUCCAAAGGAAAGGAGAGGAACUCCAGAAAGAGAGAGACUGCCAGCUAGAGCAGUAUAUGACUUUAAGGCGCAAACUUCUAAAGAGCUGCCCUUUAAGAAAGGAGACACUAUCUACAUCCUCAGGAAAGUGGAUCAAAACUGGUAUGAGGGCGAACACUACGGAAGAGUUGGGAUUUUUCCUAUUUCUUAUGUUGAGAAACUUAUUCCCCCAGAAAAAGCACAGCCAGCAAGACCACCACCCCCAGCACACGUGGCUGAGAUUGGAGAAGCUAUUGCAAAAUAUAAUUUCAAUGCAGAUACAAAUGUGGAGCUUUCAUUGAGAAAGGGAGACAAAGUCAUUCUUCUUAGACGGGUUGAUCAAAACUGGUAUGAAGGCAAGCUACUGGGAACAAAUAAGCAAGGAAUCUUCCCAGUAUCCUAUGUAGAAGUCAAAAAGAGCAUGGCCAGAGGAGAAAAUGAAUAUCCUGUUCCUCCAAUACCCCAGAGUUACUCAAGUGACAAAAUCCACCAUUCAGCUAAGUGGGAUUCCAAAGCACCACCCCCUCCUCCCAGAUACAGAUCCUCUUCUUAUCCAGAUUCUAAUAAAAGGCAUCUUCAGGCCAUCACUGAUGAAUGGUUGUCACUGACUCUUGGCUUUUCAUCUUCAAGCACACCUUCCCCUCCUCCUCCUCCUCCUCCUUUUCCUAAAAGCUUUCUUUCUGGUUUAGAGGAAUUUGGCUCUCUACCUUUAACAGGUUUAGAGAAGACAGGGUGCCUCUCAGAUAAUGUCACUCCUCAAAUAAAGCAUUGCCAUACUGUUCCAGUUCCCUCAUCAAAGGCCUCCCAUGUGUUCCCUGACUCUUCAUCCAAGCCAUUUUCUUCAUCUACAUGCAUAUCACCUCCUCCAGCAACCCAUUUUCAUGACCAAGGACAUAAGUUUGAGUGGAACCAUUUCAAAGGGAUGAAAGAAAUCCCCAUCGUCAAGGAAAACAAAAAGCCCUCAAACCCUGCUCCAGAAAUGCAAAACAUAGCAGGCCAUACUCUUGCCCUCUCCAAAGAAGACCUGUUAUCCAAAACACUAAAGGAGGUUGGCAAACAGGAGGAACUCUGUGAGGAGCUGCUGUCAAUCAUGCAAGGGGAACAGUCAAAAAGUAAAGAUUUAAGUUUCCACAGACGUGCCCCUGAGAUGCCUGAAGAAUUAGCAAGACUUCAUAUAGAGGAAGUGUCAGACCUUGACCAUUUAGAGUCACCAAUGGCAAAUAAGAGACAGCCUAUGAUAACUUUUGAAGGCAACAGUUCAGCAGAUACUAAAGAGCCACAGCGCCCUGUGUUUGCUCAUGACAGUGGGGGGGAACCGUUUCAGGUUCUGUAUAACUAUACUCCUAGGAACGAAGAUGAAUUGGAGCUGAGAGAGGGAGAUGUCAUUGAUGUGAUGGAAAAGUGUGAUGAUGGAUGGUUUGUGGGAACAUCCAGAAGAACAAAAUUUUUUGGUACUUUCCCUGGAAACUAUGUCAAGAGGCUGUGAAAUGAUUGUUUGAUUUUGUUCCUUUCUUAUUUAUGCUGCAUCUCUGCCACACAUCUGCAUAAAAAGUGCUAGAAAACAUCCUCCACCAGCCGUCAGUUUUCCUGCUUUGCAAAUCCAGGUAGAAAUCAUGCUGCUCAUCUUCACCAUCUUCAUCCCACCUGCCAGCCAACAGUAUUAUUCAACAGCUAAAAUGGAAUCCCUGAGCUUUUGUGAAACAAGAGGAAUUAGUUCUAUGCAAAAUACAUCUUUUUAUGCCUUUAAUUUUUGUCUGGCAAUGCCAAUUUGGAAAGUGCAUAUAAAAAGCUUAAUGAAAGAAAUAGCAUGGCACUUCAAAACGUUACCAAUUAUUUGGGAGAAAUUGCAAUAGUAUACUUAUGAAAAAAAUAUCUAUUAUCACCUUAUAUAGAACAGAUUGCAAUUUACUACAUUUUAAUGGGUUUCCUUUUUUUUUGAGUUAUCACGUUUGUAGCUCAGCAAAUGUAUGCUGCUAUCAGUUUGCCAUGUCACAAGUUUGCCUCUUCUUUUACCAAUUUGCAAGAUACAACUAGUAGUAUAAACAGAUUUUUUUUUCCAAAUGUAUAUUGCAAUAUCUGCAAAAUGCCUGUAAAAAUUUAAGCAGAAACAAUCUAAAGGAGUAUUGAUACUAGAAUACUUCAUAAGCCAUGAUUUCCAGUUGUAACUCAUAAUACAUUUUAUUAAAAUUGAGCCAAUAAGGUCAUAAAUUGGUUAAAAUGUUUUUUUUUUCAAAACAGUAAGAGCUUUAGACAUGAACUAGUAAGGACAGAAGCAUGAGUCAGAUUUCCUGCACCUGCAUAUAUUAAUAUAUAAAGUACAAAAACUUGCAUCUCUUUGUAGGAAGAAUCAGAAGCUCCCAACACAGUGAUGUCUCAAUAGGGAAAAUGUGUUAUUGAUAUGUGCAAAUACAGGGAACUUGGGUUGGUUGUACUUUCUAUGUUUUAGGAGUUAAUGUCUUAAAUUAAGUGGAGAGACGUGUGUGCAUAUCAUCCUACAGGAUGAAAUGGAUGAUUCUAAUGUAGUUACAACAUACAUAUCUAUCUAGAGGAAAAGAGGGAGCACUAUCAUAUGUGUAAGUACAGUAGGCCUGUAUCCUGUACUUACACCUAUUUUUAACUCCUAGAACUCAUAGAAAGGAAAUUAUGUCUGCUAUUUGACAUUAGGAAAGUUCAGAAAUACUGGAAAAUCAUGAAUCAUUAUGAAGCAAACUAACAAUGAAUAUCUGCUUUAUAAAAAUGUGUUGAAGUGCAAUAGAGUAUGUAAAGUCUAAUUCAUUUAUUACAUGAAAAUUCAUUAAUGAAAGAGCAAUGUUAAUAUUCUGUUUGAUUGUAGCACAGUCACAGUAGAGUUGGGGAAAUCUACACAAAGUAUUAUAUGAUGCUAUUUUUUGGCUAGUUGACCGGAGCUGUAUUUUCUUUCUAGCAACAUAGCAUUAAAACAAGGACGUAAAAAGGAAAAUUAGUACACGUGGAUGGAGUUUCAUUUUUGGAACAGUAUAAAAUAUUGAAGGCAAUAUUUGUGUGUGUGUGUGUGUGUGUGUGCAAAUAUAGAUAGCAGUAGCAGGUGAUAAAAACACAGGACUUAACCUAUCUAUGAUGUUAUGUAAAGCAGUCCAGGUUUGGUUUUGCUGGCACCUUACAGAAGGCAAAACUUAACAUCUUUUACUGCAUUUCAUUGUCGUAAAGGACAGAUCUCAUAAAUUUGUAGGCUUGUAGCAUUUGUACAUAUAUUUCCUCUUUUUUGUACAGAGCCAUUUUAUUGUUGAUUUUUUUUAAGGGAAAAAAAAUCAUGUUAAUCAACUCAUCCCUUUUCCACCAAUAAAAUCACCUUAUUUUGUUAGUUUCUCCUCCAAAGUAUAAGCACACUUGAAUAGUGCAUUUCUGCUAAAUUAGCAACUGAAGUAAAAGUUUUAUGAAUAAUAUUAUGGUUUACCAGCCAAAUUUUUAAAGUGUAUAUAUAUAUAUGUUUAAUAUGGAGAAAUAUCAAUAGGAUGGCAAAAGAAACAUCUUUGUGCUGCAUACCUGUAUUAUUGCAACUUUCAUGGCAAAAGCUUGAUACUUCCAAGGCUUUUUACUAUAAACUAAAUGUGCAUGCAGCUUUGCUGUGAAAUCAGUAAUGAUUUUGAUGCCAUUUAUGAUGGAAGACUUGUCUAUCACUGGUGGUAUUUUAAAAAAUGCACUGUUUCUAUCCUGUAUCUGAUUUUAAUAGAAUAUGUUUUUCAUACCUGUUUUCAGGUAAUUGACUCUGAAUUCUUACUUGCAAAGGAUCUCUGUGUUUCUUUUUCCUUGAAGAGACUUCUAAUAAAAAUGGCUUGAAGUACAUG